AUGGAACCUAUAAACAGUAUCUGGUUUCAGCCACAUAUUCUCUUUCUAGCAGGCAUCCCUGGACUGGAGUCUGUACAAACAUGUAUCUCUAUCCCGCUGUGUGUCAUGUACCUCACUGCCAUCCUAGGAAAUUGCACCAUCCUCCUUGUCAUCAAAACCACCUCCAGCCUUCAUGAGCCUCAGUACAUCUUUCUGUCCAUGUUGGCAGCUACAGAUUUGGGUCUGUCUUUGUCAACUCUACCUACAGUACUCAAUGUCUUCCUCCUGAAUCACAGGGAGAUUGAGUUCCACUUUUGUCUGACACAGAUGUUCUUCAUCCACAUCUUCUCCUGCAUGGAAUCAGCCAUCCUGCUGGCCAUGGCCUUUGACCGGUUUGUAGCUAUUCGCAACCCACUGCACUACACCAUGGUUUUAACUCCUGCCAGGAUUAUUCAGAUGGGGCUUACAGCUGUGGUUAGGAGUGUGAUGUUGAUGGUACCCUUGCCAAUCCUCCUCAAGCGACUGCCCUUCUGCAAAGAUUUCAUUCUGUCCCACUGUUACUGCUACCACCCUGAUGUGAUGAAGCUGGCCUGUGGCCCUGUCAGAGUCAACAUGAUCUAUGGAUUGUCCCUUGUCAUCUGCUCCUUUGGAGUUGACUCUGUGUUCAUUUUCAUUUCAUACAUCUUGAUUUUGAAAACAGUGUUGGGUAUUGCCUCAAAAAGUGGUCAGCUCAAGACACUUAAUACCUGUGUUUCCCACAUCUUCACUGUCUUCAUUUUCUAUGUGCCACUCAUUGUGCUGGCCCUAAUUCAUAGGUUUGGUAAAUUCACAUCUCCUGUUCUCCAUGUCACCAUGGCCAAUCUCUUCCUUUUCUUGACUCCUGUCCUUAAUCCUUUGGUUUAUAGCCUGAAAGCCAGACAGAUAAGGUCAGCAGUGCAUAAGAUAUUCAAUGGCAGGAGAAAUUUGCUCAAGUAGUAAAGUAUUGCCCUGCUGAAAAAGGUACUCUGUCUCUUUCUUCCCCUUUCAUCUGUCUGCUUCUCUCUGGGGAAUAUGUCAUCACUUCAAGAGACAGUCUUAUGAGAAUGACAUAUUUUCUUCUUAUCUGCCAAGAAGACGAUAAUAGACUUAGUUGUUGUCUAAGAAGGUAAAUUUCCAAAUAUCGCACUUUACCACAUUGUGAAGAGAGAGUAGGUAUAUGUGGAAAUUGGUGUGGAAUAUAUGCAUUUUUAUAGUUUAAAGAAAAUAUGGAAUAUGUAAAUUUAAAUACUGUGGAAACAAGAUAGUUAACAAUAGUUUUCUGGAAAACAACAAUGAAACUAGAAUAUAUCAACAGAAAAGAAAUAAGUUUCCUGUCUUUUUGUACCCCAAACUUCAGCAUCAUGAAAUAUACCAAUACAAAAAAACACCUGUACCCCUACCUAUUGCAUCUAAAAUAAAAGUUGAAAUUUAAAGCAAAGAAAAAAAAUCAAACAAACAAACAAAACUCAAAUUAUUUUUUCAAAGAAUCAUCCACUACCACAAGGGACACAUCUAAAAAUUAGGGAAGGCAUACAGGAUUAUUUUAGUGUCCACUAGACGUUAGAAAUUCAAAGUUGAUUAUUUUGUAAAAUUUGGUAAUUUCAUUGAAAGUUGAUCUAUCGUAUGAUGUAUGAAUGAAUAAACAAAAUUGUCAGCCAGAAAAUGGAAUGAAGUACUGAUAGCCACAACACAGAUGAUCUUCAAGAACAUUGGGCUAAGUGAAGGAAUCCAGGUACAAAAAGCCACCUAUUACAUAAUUAGGUUUAUGUGCAAUACUUAAAAUGUCUUAAAACCUAUAGAGACGGAAAGUUGAUUGGUAGUUGCUAGAUGCUGGGUGGAGACAGGAAUGAUGAGUAGCUGCUUAAGGAGUAUGAGGUUUUAUUUUGAUGUCAUAAAUAUAUUCUGUGACUAGAUAAAAGUGGUAGCUUAUAAAACACUGCGAAUGUAUUUCAUUCCACAGAAUUAUUCAUCUUAAGGUUAUUAAAUUAUGUAAAUUUUUUCCUCAAUAAAAAGUUGUGAAAUGCACCAUAUUAAAUAAGAUUAAGA